GACAUUUGGGUCACAUUUUGUUUAUCUCAAAGAAGACACGUUUUUACAAAGGUAUAGCAUUUAGAGAAAAGAACGAACGAGUGAAAGAAAUAGAAAGAAAGAAAGAAAGAAAGAAAGAAAGAAAGAAAGAAUAUUCUAAUGGCAUGUUUUUUGUUUUUUUUUGUCGUAGCCCAUGUGGCCCCCUGGGCGCAUGAAGAGAUGUUUGAGUGAAAUCGGUAACGUCACGGGUGGCCCCCGGUUCAGCGGUGUUGUUGUACAGUAUAAUAUAGAAGUGACUUCAAACGCGUCCGUCUCAGUCGCUCACUGAGUUCGCCAGUCACGGCUGCUCAGCGCAAACACAUCCAACCCCUGGGCGAGCCGCUCCAGAACCCGCAGAAAGAAAGACAACAUCACAGAAUGAGGGGCUCCAGCCGGUCCAAAAACACACUGAACCUGGACCAGACGGUUUGCAUGACAAACUGCCCCACACUAAUUGUCACAGUGGGUCUUCCUGCGAGAGGUAAAACCUACAUCUCCAAGAAACUGACUCGCUACCUGAACUGGAUCGGAGUCCCCACCAAAGAAUUUAACGUAGGGCAGUACCGACGGGAGUGUGUGAAAAUAUACAAGUCUUUCGAAUUCUUCCGCCCAGACAACGAAGAGGGAUUGAAAAUCAGAAAACACUGUGCAGCUUCAGCUUUGAAUGACGUCAGAACAUACCUCAGUGAAGGGGGGCAAGUGGCUGUAUUCGAUGCCACGAACACGACGCGAGAACGAAGAGACACGAUCAUGAAGUUUGCAGACCUGAAUGGAUACAAGGUGUUCUUUGUGGAAUCGGUUUGUGACGACCCAGAGGUUAUCGCUUCAAACAUCGUGCAAGUGAAGCUCGGCAGCCCGGAUUACACGGACCGCAACACGGACGAGGCAGUGGAGGACUUCAUGAAGAGAAUAAAGUGCUACGAGAACUCCUACGAAACGCUGGACGAAAUCAAGGACAGGGAUCUCUCCUACAUCAAGAUCAUGGAGGUGGGGAGCCGGUAUCUUGUGAACAGAGUGCUGGAUCACAUCCAGAGCAGGAUUGUUUACUACCUCAUGAACAUCCACAUCGCCCCACGCUCCAUCUACCUCUGCAGGCACGGAGAGAGCGAGCUCAACAUCAAGGGCAGGAUCGGAGGCGACUCGGGGCUGUCUGCACGGGGCAAGCUGUUUGCCAAGUUCCUGGGAAAAUUCAUCCAGGAGCAGAACAUCAAGGAUCUGAAGGUUUGGACGAGUCAGAUGAAGAGGACGAUUCAGACGGCCGAAGCCUUGGGAGUGCCUUACGAGCAGUGGAAAGCGCUGAACGAGAUCGACGCUGGUGUCUGUGAGGAGAUGAUGUAUGAAGAAAUUCAGGAUCACUAUCCCCUGGAGUUUGCAUUGCGAGAUCAGGACAAGUACAGAUACCGCUACCCAAAGGGAGAAUCCUAUGAAGAUCUUGUGCAGAGACUGGAGCCGGUCAUCAUGGAGCUGGAGAGGCAGGAGAACGUGCUGGUGAUCUGCCACCAAGCUGUCAUGCGCUGCCUGCUGGCAUACUUCCUAGAUAAAACUGCAGAGGAACUGCCUUACCUGAAGUGCCCCUUGCAUACAGUGUUAAAACUCACCCCAGUGGCUUACGGAUGUAAAGUGGAGUCCAUUUCUCUAAACGUGGAGGCUGUCAACACGCACCGAGACAGGCCAGAGAAUGUAGACGUUUCAAGACCCCCAGAUGAAGCACUUCUUACUGUCCCAGCGCACCAGUGAACUGGCUCUUUCUCUGGCUGGUCUGACGGUAUCUCACAUCGCUGCUCUCCGCAAAUUCACUUCUUGUUUGUUUUUGUUUUCUAAACUGGAGGGCGGGGGGAUAUUUCAGCAAAUCAGAAAUUGAAGUUGCAGUUUGUUUAAAUGUACUAAAUCGAUUUGGGGGAAAAAAAAAAGAAAUGAUGGAAAUGUGAAAAAAAAAUGCAAUCUGUGAAUAGAUCAGAUUUGAAAUGACAUCUCGGUGGCAUUCUUUGCAGGUACUGUAAUGUUAACUUGUUUUUUUUUUUGUUGACUAACACUGUACUCCUCUAGAAAUCAACACUUGUGUGCAGAAACGCGCACACUAUUAAUGUACAUAUUCACGGUGCGUGAACGAUUGACUGAGCAUUUUUAUUUUCUGUGGCACUUUCCAGUUUUAUAUUUUAUAUAAGACGCGGCACGUAAACCAGGUGGUUUAAAAUCACUUGGAUACUUUCGUGCUGCUGUUUCCGAGACAUUCACUGGAGCACGGAAACUCGUCGACACACUUUGAGCAACAGUCUUGGUGGGUUUUUAAAUUUGUUCUUGUAAUAUUCCGCAUAUCAAUCGGUCUCCUCUCCCUCUUAUUCACGAGCACUAGAAUCACUGGGGCCCCCGUCUUUGUGUUGGAGGAUUUCGGUGUCCUUUUUGUUUAAAUGCUUUGAUAUUUAAGCUACAAAUAAUCAUAAUAAAGAAGUCUUCUUGGUUGCUAAUUACCUGUGCUGUAGUUGAGACUCACUCCCAGCUGCAGUGUGCCUGCAAUAAGGCCAUGUGACCUACAUUCCAGGAAGCAAGCAGUUAAAGCAAAGAAGCAGUGAUGAGUGCUGUAGGUCAGAACUGGAUCAGAAAGCCCUCCCCCUGAAGGGGAUGUAGCUCACAGACUCCUUUCAUUAAUCGUACCCAUCUCAAGCGCAGUUCGGAGACGAGCUUCCUGAGAGCAACGCUAGCAAACAGAGAACUUCUUUUAAACGCGUGUGGUUUCCACGCUCCCUCGAUCUCUCCCCAGUCUCACACUAAUUUUAGGUUUGUUCGCUGUUUGGCAAGCAUGUUGACAGUAGAUUGUAAGGGGCCCUUUACUAAUGAAUUCAAUAUUUCUGAUGUGCAGGUCAGAUAGCGAGAGAAGCAGGGAGGGGUGUACCAGAUAGGAAGUUAUACAAUUUAAAUGGCAUGCUGUCACAUAGGUUCCUUUCCAAACCACAGAGUUGGGGACCUGUGUAAUGAAUUGGGAGUGCUUACAGGAGAGAUUUCCUGGAGUGUUUUUUUUUUUUUGUGAGCUACAGCUUUUGAAGGAGUCCUGACCAGUGUGUUGAAAUGACAGCUGGACAUGCUGCUCGUACUGGAAUGAAAGUGCACAUCUGGAACCGCUGCUUUCCACGGUGCUCUGCAGAUAUAUAUAGAAACAUUACCCUCCUGUAUGUUGUGGGGUUUUAAACUUUUUUUUUGUAAACGUAUGUUCUGAAAAUUCUCCCUAUUUAGUGCACAGCAGGCAUGCUACAAACCAAGACCAAAUGCCUUUAUAUUUGAAUGCUGCAAUUUCAAUAACGGCAGUGGCACUAGGGGGUCCUUCUAUGCACCUUAUUCGAUGCCGAAUGUGAAGCCGUGGUUUGCUCUUGCAAUAUGCCAAAAAUGUUUACACACUGUGGGGAGGAGGGGAGGGGGGUACUAUCCAAGAAGGGACUGUAGAGCUGGGACACAUUCAUGAAUAUUCAAACUAGCGCUUGCAAAAAAAUCAUCGCGCUCGCAUAAAAUAUAAAUCCUCGCAUCAAAAAGAUGCAGAGGUUACUGGUAAUUUGAGACUCCAGGUUACUGGUAAUUUGAUGAGGCUCCAGGUUACUGGUAAUUUGAGACUCCAGGUUACUGGUAAUUUGAUGAGGCUCCAGGUUAUUUUGUUGCAAUGCGGUAUGAAUCACACUUCAGUCUCCCAGCUUUUAAAGAAUAUUCAGAUGAUUGUUUUAUAUAUUUGUGUUUUUUAAUUUUUAGUUUUGCACAAUAACUGUGGAAUUGAAAACCGCGCUACUUUUAAAGUAGAUUUCAAAUGUCCCGUCUACAGCAGAUUUAUUUUUUAUUAAUUUCAUGUAUUUCUUUCACUCUGAUAAUGCUGAAACGGGUGCUAUUGAAACGUCUUGCUGAUUUGAAUCCAGGAAUAGGAGACCCAUAUCCUUCAAGCACUGCAUUGUCUUGCACUUCAUGGCUUGUUUUUUCUUCGUGGGGGGUGGUCAUUGUAUCUGGUUUUAAAUGCAGGGUCCCCCGUUCCCCCCAUAAAGAUUUAAAGUAAAGAAAGAUGAAGGCACAGUCUGUGAUGAAGUGUUAUCCUAAGAUGAUGGUAGCCAAGGAAAGUCACCAAUAUAGGCCUUCUGAAAAUGCAGUAUUGUAACGCUCCACUUAAACGUGAUCUCUAUGCAAACCCGGAUCGUAGCCUGCUUCAGGAACUGCGUCGGACAGGACGAAAGAAACUCUCCACUUGGAUGAGAUGAUCGGCACUGAUCUCUCUGUGUCUGUACUGUGUAGCCUGCCUCAUAAUCGAGGCUCAUGAAAACUGUUCAUUGGAUUUGCAGAUGUUUGGGAAGAAUGUGUUUUCUGUUGAUGCUAGUUUUCUGUUUUGUUGGCCUCUCGCCUUGUAAACCUUUGUUUGGGUAUCAAAUAAAUCACUGAAACAGGA